AUUUUACUUAGGUGGCUUAGUAACAAAUUACCUGUAUAGCAAACCGCUGUUUACAGGAACACACUUGUCAAACUCAAAGGCUAGUGCUCUUGAAUUUCGUUUAAGAUAUAUCCGUUGAAAUAGGUUGAUAUUUAGUACUGCACACGCCUCUAGCUGUCGAGCGGAGCACGGAGCACAACGCUUAGUGUGCCUCUAGGUUGGACCGCCCUUGCCAAGUCGUAGCCACCUUGUACCUUGUCUACUUGCUGAUAUAUGAAGAUAUGACUGGUAUUGCAGUGUUCUGGUGAGGAGAACAGCCAAAAUGAGCGUCAUUACCUUGCGCAGCCUGGUUGCAGCCUAUCCUAGCUUUACUAGUUAGGACAGAAUGUGUCUGGGACACGGCACUUGAUACAAGGAAACUCCUUCUGGCGUCUCUAGUUGGUUUCCCUCAGCCUGGUCAUAAUGCAAGCGCCUUCUCCUGGCCCAGACCGGGAUAACGAUAGUGCGUUUGGGGGACCACAUCUGGGGCCUCAGCGUUCAGGGAGGAGGUCUUCAAAAAGCGCGACAGCUGCUGGUCCUCCUGGCGCAAAAACUGGCACUGGCUUUACAAGCAGCGAAGGUGGCAGCUCAAGCAGUGAUCGAUCUGAUGUUGACGAUAGCACCACGCCUCGUCGCGGUCGCGGUCGCGGCCCUGGUCGCGGUCGUGGUCGAGGCGGGGGCCGCAGAGGCGGUGGUCGGGCCAACCAGCAGUUACGAGCAGCUCUAGCUACUGAGAUUAUACUCAGGGACGACAAAUUGGCCGGCGAGGAGGUGUUCGUCGGUGACAUGGACACCCUCGAUGACCUGCUGCCGAGGCUCGAAGACGCGCCGGGCGCUCCAGUAUCUGUCCUUAUUGAUCGCUCGGGCGACAGGCCGCUUGAAAUCCCUGGCUUGGUGUUCGCUGACAUUGUCGCGGCCUACAACAUCCUCCGCUCCUUCUCAUGGCAGUUGAAGCUCAGCCCUUUCUCGCUGGUGGACCUGUGCUCCGCGCUGUGCUGCCCCCAGCCCUGCGAGCUGCUGGACGAGCUGCACGUGUGUGUGCUGCGCACGCUGGCCAGCCACGAGACAUCCGCCGCGCGCCGCCGCCGCCUGCUGGACCUGGAGCACCUGGACCAGGUGACCUGGCCCGAGUUCGUGUGGGAGUGGCUCGGACUGGUGGGGGAGCGCAUCCUCACAAAACACCGGGCCCAAGCCGCGCCCCAGCCGCUCCAUCUGCAGCCUGUCGGGGCUCCAGCGCUGGGUGGCGCGGGGGCAGCGGCCGCCUCCGCAGCGGCUGGCGACCAGCCCAUGGAGGACGUGGAGCCCCAGCAGCCGGGCGGGCAGGCGGCAGCGGGAGCGGGUGCAGGGGCGCGAGGGCUGGAGGAGGCAGCCGCUGCCGCCGCUGACACUCGGGAUGUGCAAUGGGAGCAGGUUGCGGGCGGGGCUAGGAGACCCGGCGGACCGAGCUAUUCGGCUCCGGGUCUGGCUGCCGCGCUGCGGCGGCGGCGCCCCCACCGCUCGGUGCUGCGGUCCGAGUUCUACAACCUGCCGCUGGCGUGCAAGGCGGCGCUGCUAGCCCGCCUGUGCGACGACCUGCUGGAGGCGCCGGGCAUACGGGCGGAGAUAAACAGGCGUGAGGCCGCGGGGCAGAUGCACGCGGGUCGCGGCGGCGAGGGCGGCGCCUGGCCCCAGUUCUCCGCUGCCGAGCUGGCGGUCCGGGAGCGGCAGGUGCAGGCGGGCGCCUUCGAGGACGGCAACACGGAGAGCUGCGUGCUGUGCGGGCUGGGCGGCAGCCUGCUGUGCUGCGACCGCUGCCCCGCCGCCUACCACAUGCGCUGCGUGGGCGAGUCGUCACGGAGCAUCCCGCACGGCGAGUGGCGCUGCCCGGAGUGCGUCAUCGGCAGCAAAGGCGAGGCUGCGGGUCUGCGUGUGCCCAUGGCCGGCAUCAGCCCCGCCACCGGCUGCCCCUCCUGGGUGGCGUACGGCUGCGUGUUCGCGGCGCACUGCGAGGCGCGGCCGCCCGCUGCUGCCGGGGCGCCGGUGGGGGAUGUGGGCUUCCGCGGGCUGCAGCUGCUGCUGGGGCCGGAGGCGCAGCGGCAUGCGGAGAUGCUUAGGAGACCCCGGCGGCUGGUUGACGACGUGCCGCACCCCACCUCGGAGCUGGUGCUGCUGGGGGGCCCCGCGGCGGGCUGCAUGGCGGAGCGGGGGGAGGCGGCGGCGUACGACAACAGGUACCGCCCGGCUUGGGAGAUGUUCGUACAAGCCAUGAAGGCCGCCCACGACAUCGAGUACAAGAAGUCCAAGCGCGCGGGCGCCACACCCGCCUCCGCCCUGGCGGUGCCGCUGCCGCUGCCCGCCUACUCCUGGCCGCAACUCCAGGAGGCUCCUCGCCGCUCGUCCGCCCCCCGCGGCGGCCCCGACGGCUCCUCCUCCUCCGCUGCCGCCUCCGAGCUGUGCGGGCGGCUGGCGGUGCUGCAGCGCUACCUGCUGGCCACGGAGCGGGAGCUGUGGGGGCUGCUGGAGGGCGGCUGGGGGCGGCCGGGGGAGGCGGGCAAGCAGUGGCGAAGGCAGUGGGCGGCGGCGGUGCGGGCGGCCGCCUCACCCGCGCAGCUGGCGCCGCGCUUCCUGGAGCUGGAGGCGGCGCUGAGGAGGUCGCUGCCCGUCUUCUCCCCGCAGUGGGACCCCUACCGCCGCGACCCCGCCGAGCUAGCCCGGCUGGAGCUGAUGGUGGCGGAGCGGCAGCGGGACGCCGAGUCGUACCGCCGCCGCCGCAUCACCAGCCUGCUGCCGCAGCCCAAGAAGGGACCCGGCCGGCCGCCCCGGAAGAAGAUACCGCCGCACCUGCAGGCCUGGAACGACCUGCGCUCGGCCCAGGCGGCUGCGGCGCGCGCCACCUCCGUGGCACCCGAGGCGGCUGGCGGCGCCACUCCAGAGGGCCCCGGGGGCGAGGGCGAGGAGGCGGGACAGCCCUGGGAGCUCAGCAGCCAAGGUGUGGACGAGGACGCAGGGGCGGCGGACAACACCGCCUCCACCUCGCCGCCGGGGAAGGGCGCGCCGCCCGAGUCGCAGUCGCAGUCGCAGCCCCCCUCUCAGUCUCAGGGCAGGCAGCCGCGGGCGGGCGCCGGCGAGGCGGCUGCGGACAUGGAGGCGGAGGCGGGUGCGGGGGGGCGCUCUGCGCGGCGGCGGUCCAAGGCGGCCUCCGGGGUCGCUGCAGGCGGGAGCGGGGGCGGCUCGCAACCAUCAGGUGCUCCCGAGGGUGGCCAGGCGGCUGAGCGGCAGGCGGAGCUGGAGCUGCUGGGGGCCAUGGCGGCGGAGGAGGUGGUGCUGGACAAGUGGUGGCGCGACCUGCUAGCCUCCUUCGGCGAGGUGGACGCGGUGGACCUGCUGGGGGCGGCGCUGGCGGCCGGGGGGGAGCUGGGGCCGCUGCCGGGGCCGGAGCGGCGUGCGGCGCUGCGGAAGGCGCGCACCGGCUGGUCCUGGUGGCGCCCCGCGGCGCUGCGGGCGGAGGCGGAGCUGAUGCUGCCGCGGGAGCAGGCGAGGAAGCUGGCGCGCCGGGGGGGCAAGACGCUGAUCAAGCAGGGCGUCAUCUACCACACCACACUGCGCCACACGCUGUCCCGGCGCCUGGCCUGGGUGGCAACCACGGAGCACGCCACCUCGGUGGCGCAGCUGGCGGUGCAGGCACGUGUGUUUGAGGACGCACUGCAGUGGGAGCGUAUCAGGCGGCCGGCGCUGACGGGCGCGGAAGGCGCUGCGGACGUGGCGGCUGCCGUACCCCCCGAGUACCUGCCGUACACACACAGCGUGGCGCUCGCCAAGCGGGUGGUGGGGCCCGAGCGCAGAGUGGAGUACCUGCUCGCCCCCGACGCGGUGGGUCAGGCGCUGCUGCAGAGCGGCGGCUCGCGACACCAGCCGCCCCCGCCCCAGCAGCAGCAGCAGCUGAACGGACUGCGCAUGCUGACACCGGAUGCGGGUGUGUCCCAGUGGGUGGCGGAGGGCAGCGUGCCGUUGUGGCUGCUGCGCGCCUACGAGGAGCGCGUGCGGGCGGGCGAGCCGACCCACCAGCGGGGGGCCCCGGCCCUGCCACCCGCCGGCGCGGCGGACUCCCCCGCCUCCGCCUGCCUGGUGUGCGGCCUGACGCCGGCGGAGAGCGCGGGCACGCCGCUGGCUGCGGGCGGCUGGGUGGGCUGCGCCACCGCCUUCGGGACGUGCCUCACGGGCUGCCAUGCGGCGUGUGUGGGGGUGCCGCGGCGGGAGCUGGAGCUGCCGGGGGGGCGCGGCAAGUGGCUCUGCACGCGGUGUGCCGGUGAGGCGCUGCUGCAGCGGCAGGCGGCGGUGGACAAGUACGUGUCGCGGCGGGUGGGCACCGGCGGGGCCUCCGCAGUGGUGCUCACGCCGCAGCAGCUGCUGGAGCAGGCGCUGGCGGAGGCGACGGCGGUGGCGGCGGGGGUGGACCCGGAGGGGGCGGACGAGGCGCUGCUGCUGGCCAGCAUGCAGG